AUGCCAGGCAAAAAGAGUGACUCAAAAUCAGCAGCCAAAAAGGGACAGGAGCCAGAAAAGGGCAAAGGGAAAGGUAAAGAUGACAAGAAGGGGGUUAAAGAAGACAAGAAGGGAGGAAAGGACGAUAAGAAAAAAGGGAAAGACGAGCCUCCGAAAGGAAAAGGAAAGGACGAUGGAAAGAAAGGAAAGGAUAAAGGGAAGGGGAAGAAAGUGGUCAGCGAGCCGGAGGAGGAUUCCGAUGCGGCGCUGAUUGAGGACAAUGAAGAUUUGAGUGACAAUGAGGAAAUGGACGAAGAAUCGGAGGAGGACGCUCACAAACGCAACCACGGGAAGACUAAAGCAAAAGGCAAAGCCGCAAAAGGAAAGUCCAAAUCAAAACACGCCGCAUCAGACGAGGAGGAAGAAGACGAAGAAGAGGACGAGGAGGAACAUGAAGCAGAUACGAAGAGUAAAAAGAAAUCAAAAGAGCCGGCAGGGACGCACAAAAAAGCCAAAAAGAAAGAUGCACCCGAACCGUCAGCGGAGGAGACGAAGGACACGUCCAAAAACUUCCUGGGCUUGUCUGGAAUUGGGAGGCUGAGAAGCUCAAAGAAGCGACUUAAAAGCACAUCCAGGUUGUUUCUCGGACUCGGCAAACAGAAGAACUUUCUCGUCAGGAAGAAGAGGAGGAAAUCGUUUUUUAAGAGCGCGCCAAGGCUGCUGAUGGGCUUCAGGGCCAGUAAGAAAAAGAAGAAAGAGAACGAGAAUAAUAAUCAAUCAGGUAAAAAACCCUCCUACAUGAUACUCAGACUGGGUGGGAACAAGCCGGUGGAAAAGAAGACGGGGCUGUUCAAGGGACUUUUCAGGAAAAAGAACGCAGACGGGGGGCCUGAUUUUAAAAACCAGAGUCGCAUUUUGGGUAAAGUGGCCGGGGCGACGAACUGGCUGACUAAGAAGUUCCUGUCGACAAAAGUAAAACAGAGAUCGCAGGGGAGGAACGGUGGCCAGUGGGGACAGCCAAAAACCAGAGGAUUCUCAACUGGCACGCAGGGACUUCGUGGGCAUCACAACUACGGGUAUGAAGAGGAUUACGAUGAGUAUGAUGACUAUAACCCAGGCGUAGCAUCAAACAGGCAGUCGAUGCGAAGGCACCCAAAUAGGUACGGAAAUCAUUACGCUCCGGAUGAGUAUUACGAACCAGACGAUGAAUACCCCGAGGGAGAGUACUAUGAUGACGGGAUCGGCUACUACGACGAAAGCGAGAUGAGCUACUACCCAACGGAGAUGGGCUACUACGCUCAGGAGCAGUUCAUCGACCCGUAUUACAACGAUGGCCUGGAGUACUAUGAUGAGAGCCAGUACCUAACAGCGGACGCUUACGAUCCGUACGGGAAUGAAAUGGAGUUCUAUGACCAGGGUCAGUUCGAUUACUACGAUGACCCACAGGAUUUGUACGAUGAUCCAUAUUUUGCAAAUCCAUACCUACCUGAGGACUACCAGUUUUAUUACAGCGAAUUAGGGAUCGAUCCGUACCUCGAGUCUUCCUAUAACGUGUACCAACCACACGGUUACACCAUGGCUGAUAUCAUGGAGGCCGACGAGGUAGGUGCUGCUCCUACGGACCCGACUGUACACCCAGGAGACAUGUUCAGACUCCCAAGACCUCAGGUGAAGCUUUUUGGUAAAGAACGGAUACCGGUCGAGCGUCCUCCUUCUCCUCAGCAGUACGAUUACGAGCAGAUGAGGUUUCAAGGUUCUCCUCAUAGGCAAACGAGUCCUUCAGUCUCCCGUCAGACUAGCAUUCGAGCUGCUGGCACCUUGAACCGCAUCAAUGCCAGCAGUCCCUUCGCCUCGCCUACACCGUCAAUGAGAAGUUUUGCAGUCGGCUCUGAAUCUCCACCCGGACACAGACCGUCCUCUCCCAGCCCUUCCCACAGGUCCAACCAUUUUAGAAAGGAGCAACCCUUAUUCGGUCCACCGAGUGGCCAAGCACAUAGGAUGAGACGUCCCAACAUUCCCAUGGGAGCCGUGAAACCGUCUCUGAUUCAAAUGAGUAACCCGGGCGCUCCGACCAAACACGUGCCUCCGUUCAGAGCCUCCAUUAGGAGCAACAAGUCAGUCAUGCCUCAGGACUUCCCAGCAUCCUCACACAUCUCCGGCCAACAUCCUGGAAUGGUCAUUACGGAACAAAGACACUUCGUUCCCCCCGGAAGUGCUGGUUCUACGAGGAAUCAACGAAGACCAGUCGGCCGUGGGCGCCCACUGGUGACCAGACAGUCUGUAAGACUGGGACCUCCUUCACCACAGCCUUCUAUAAAACGCACUGGCACCGGCCCUCCGUCACCCCAGCCUUCCAUUAGGCAUCUCUCUAGGCCAACUUCUCCUCACCCAUCCAUCAGGCAUGGAUCACCGUUACCAGUGCGAGCUCCUUCUCCACGGACACCCAUGCCCCAUGCUUAUCAUAACGCUCAGUGGCCUGAAGCACCAUCUGCAUCACCAUUCCCACCUAUGCCAACCUAUGCCUCCGACAUCACAGGUAUAGAGCAAGCAACCUCACCACAGUUAUCAAACGCCUUACAAAACCCAAAACUGCGUAACACCGCUUAUACCUCUGUCCUGCACCCAGCACCACGUCCAGCCGUAGAGCAGUACCCAGAGGCGGCUCUGCAAAACCCACAGAUGCAUCGAUCUAGGCCAACUUCUCCUCACCCAUCCAUCAGGCAUGGCUCACCGUUACCAGUGCGAGCUCCUUCCCCACGGACACCGAUGCUCUCCGGUGCUUAUCAGAAUGCUCAUUGGCCUGAAGCACUUUCUGCAUCACCAUUCCAAGCUCGGGUUCCAGUUCUUAGCCAGAGUAUUCGCAGUGCCACUUCACCCAUGCCAACCUAUGUCUCAGACAUCACAGGUGUAGAGCAAGCAACCUCACCACGGUUAUCAAACGCCCUACAAAACCCAAAACUGCGUAACACCACGUAUACAUCUGUCCUGCACCCAGCACCACGUCCAGUAUUAGAUCAGUACCCAGAGGCGGCUCUGCAAAACCCACAGAUGCAUCGAUCUUCACCGCUACAGCCAUCCAUGUCACCGUACGUACCUGAAAUAAACAGUCAUCCUGCAUCUCCAACACUGUCGAGAGCGCUUCAAAACCCGUACCUGCCUAAAACACCCCUACACACACCUUUAUCUCCUUAUUCACAGGUCGUCUCAGAGUAUGACCACGUAGAGGAGCCAGGGCCUGGGCCACUCCUUACAGAUGCUAUUCAGAACCCCAACGUACGGAAUGCUUCAUAUGAAACGCAUUUACAGCGCAGGGGUUCGAGAUACGCGCCUGCUCCAGGGGGAUCUCCAGUUCUAAGAAAUGCUCUACAGAAUCAGCAAAUCCGCGACGCAUCGUACCAAACACAACUGGCUCAGCAGAGGAGAGGGUAUCGCUACGCCCCCAUGAUGGGUCACGCUCAGGAUCCCAGGAAGUCUCCUGUCCUGUCAACUCACAAUCUAAUAAACACGGGUCCUCAUCCACAACAGUCCCUAUCUCCGAACCUCUCAAACGCCCUGCAGAACACGAACAUGAGAUACGCUGCUUACAGACUUCCCAACGGAACCAUAGUCACUACAGACCCCCAACAUCAGCAGCCCGCCUCUCCAAACCUAUCCAGGAGCUUGCAGAAUCCACUCAUUAGAAAUGCGUCCUACAGGCCGAGACUUAUUCCUGCUUAUAAACAUCCGCAAAGGCCUCCUAACGUGUCCCACGCACUCAUAAACACAAACAUUCGGAACGCAUCGUACAGGCUACCAGACGGGACGGUUGUUUUCCCUGAGCAGUACGCCAAGCCGACGUCUCCAGCUGUGUUCAGCGCUCUUCAAAACACAACCAUUCGAAACGCAUCCUAUAGGUUAGGCGACGGCACCAUCGUUUUGCCAGACUACGGGCGAUCAAAACCGACCUCCCCGAAUUUAGCGAAUGCGCUUCAGAACCCAACGAUGCGAACCGCGAGCUAUCAGGUACCGACUUGGGCGCAGCAAACCAGUAAACCCACGUCCCCGAAUCUGGCGAGGGCGCUCCAAAAUCCAAACAUUCGUAAUGCUACGUAUAGUCUACCGGACGAGAAUGUAAUCAGCGCCAAUCCAGUACGCCCACCGAAUCUGUCCCGCGCCCUUCAGAACGCCGACCUUAGAACUGCUUCCUACCGGCUUCCAGAUGGCUCAGUAAUUUCCCCUCUCGGUAAACCAACGAAUCCGAAACUUGCAGACGCCUUGAAAAAUCAGAGCCUCCUCAAAGCUACAUAUCGACUACCGGACGGGUCUGUGUUUUUAGCAGAUCCGCAGAGCCAGCAAACCAACCCGAACCUUUCCCAAGCCCUUCUAAACCAAAACCUGCGCUCAGCCUCGUACCGCCUGCCUGAUAAAUCCGUCCUCAUGCAAGGAUUCGCCGAGACGUCCUCACCUCAACUGACCGACGCACUGAAGAAUACAGGCAUGAAGAAAGCGUCCUACCAGCUGCCCUCAGCGCUGUCCUCUCUCACAGCAUCUGGACUGACCAUCGGACCCGACGGUAAAUACGCCGUGGUGUCCCCACAGAUUAAGGGCCCCGAUGACCACUGGGCUCGAAACGCUCGGGAGGCGCAGAGUGAGGAAGACGUGUGGGCAGCAGAGAGGGUCCUACCCCACGGGACUGUCCAGAACCUGACGAAAUGGUCAACAUACCACGAUGAAAACUCGGCACAGCACUUUCCUCCACCCCCCGCGAAUCCCGAGUCCAGGGGGAGAGAGGUGCAGUGGGUACUGGAUCGGGAAGGUGAGCCCACAGGACAGUGGUACGACAAGAUGUUUUCUAUAAGAAGUCUCCCCACUAUGAGACAUCGAGAGAAAACAGAGAGUGAUGGAAUUGAGGACAUGACCCAGCUGGAAGAGCUCACGGAGGCGUCGGUCCUGAUAAACAUGAAGACUCGCUUCGAACGAGAACUGAUCUAUACGUAUAUUGGCAGCAUUCUGUUAUCCAUCAACCCAUACAAGCUGUUGAACAUCUAUGGAACGGACGUGGUCCUGCAGUACGAGGGUCACGGCUUAGCCGAGAACCCACCGCACCUUUUUGCGAUUGCAAACCUGGCCUACACGGCGAUGAUGGACGCCAUGCAGAACCAGUGCAUCAUUAUCAGUGGGGAGAGCGGAUCUGGCAAGACCGAGGCCACCAAACUGGUCCUGAGAUACCUGACUGCCAUUCACCAUGAGCGCAACGUAACACAACAGAUCGAGAUCCUGGAAGCCGCUCCUCUGCUGGAGUCCUUUGGAAACGCCAAGACGGUGAGGAACGACAACUCCAGUCGCUUCGGCAAGUUUGUGGAGAUCUACCUGGAGGAAGGAGUGAUCAGCGGUGCCAUAACCACACAGUAUCUACUGGAGAAGUCCAGAAUUGUCUUUCAGGCUAAGAGUGAGAGGAACUACCACAUCUUUUAUGAGAUGUUGGCCGGACUCCCUGUUCACCAGAGACAAGCUUUCUACCUGCAGGAGGCCGAGACCUACUACUACCUGAACCAGGGUGGCGACUGUGCGAUCGCGGGGAAGGAUGACGGCCAGGACUUCAGGCGCUUACAGAGCGCCAUGGACCUUCUGCACUUCAGCCCGGUCGACCAGAGCUGCAUCUUCAGAGUGCUGUCGUCCAUCCUGCACCUCGGGAACGUCUACUUCCACAGACUGGAGGUUCAGGAGACGGCGGGGAUUGUGAGUGCUCAGGAGAUACGAGUGGUGGCCGAACUGCUUCAGAUCUCACCUGAAGGUCUGCAGAAAGCCAUCACCUACAAAGUGACGGAGGCGAUGAAGGAAAAAAUAUACACUCCACUGACUGUAGAGAGCGCUGUGGAUGCCAGAGACGCCGUUGCCAAGAUGCUUUAUUCGCUCCUCUUUAACUGGCUAACAGAACGGAUAAACAGCCGCGUUUACCCAAGGAAAGAGACGCCGUCCAUAUCCAUAUUAGAUAUAUAUGGGUUCGAGAGAUUGUCUUACACUGACAGACGGGCAAAUGUGUUGCCCUCACAGGAGGAGUAUAUACGAGAGCAGAUCUACUGGAGGGAACUGUCUUUUACUGACAACAAGGCGUGCAUAGACCUGAUCGCUGCAAAGCCCCAUGGGAUACUCCGGAUCCUCGAUGACCAGAGCUGCUUCCCCCAGGCCACUGACCACACCUUCCUUCAGAAGUGCCACUAUCACCACGGUGAGAAUCCACUUUACUCCAGGCCAAAAAUGCCACAGCCAGAGUUCACCGUCAAGCACUUUGCAGGCCGAGUGACUUACCAGGUCCAUAAGUUCCUGGACAAGAAUUACGACCAGGUUCGGCAGGAAGUCCUCGAUCUAUUUAUUAAAAGCCACAAUCAGAUAGUUUCCAGUAUGUUUUUGAAGUACACAGAGACGAUAAACCAGCAGAGAAAUGGAUCGAAGAGAGACAGCACGACCACUCGCCGAUAUCAACCCUCAACUGUAGCUGCCAAGUUCCAGCAAUCACUACAGGAACUGCUGGAUAAAAUGGAGAGGUGUAACUCAUAUUUUAUCAGAUGCAUAAAGCCAAAUAAUAAUAAGGAACCAGACGUAUUCGAACCAGAGUUGGUCGCAACCCAGCUUAGAUGUUCUGGAAUUAUGGACACCAUCCACAUCAGAAAAAUGGGCUAUCCAGUCCGGAUGGCUUUCCAUCGUUUCCUGAACAGGUAUAAAGCGCUGCUCUGUCUCAGGGCGGCUCCACCUGCAGAUGGAGAUUCCUGCGUCAGCAUGCUAAUGAAGCUCGGCCCCAUUAGAAGAGGAGAUUAUCAAGUGGGAGUGUCCAAGAUUUUCCUUAAAGAAGACGUGUACCAGUUGUUGGAGAGUAAGCGUGAUCGUGUACGCCACUUGGCGGCGCUCACGCUGCAGAGAUACGUCAGGAUGCAGUUCGCGCGUAAAAACUUCGUCAAGUUCCGCGAGGUGAUGACCAAACUGCAGGCCCGAUGCCGAGGCUUCCUCAUGAGGAAGCAUUUCUUCCAGAAGCGAGUGUAUUUGAUCAGGUUUCGCUCUAUGGUUCGUCUCAAACACUACACCAUGGAAAGAGGGAGGCGGCAGAUAAUUAAAAUGUCCCAGUUAGUGAUUCCUGCAGAACUGAAGGAGCUGCUGAAAACCACAACAGAGGGUAAGGAGGUGCACUCGAAAUGUCUGGCUCUAGUCGAAGCCCCGACAGUCCACGUUGUCUCUCAGCUCACGCUCCCUUUGGAUAUUAAUGACCAUCUAAUGACCAAAUACAUCCGCACGAACUUCAGGGAGCUGCAGUUUGGAAUGAUCUGUGCACCUCUACAAGCGUCCCUGACUCGUCUGGAGGAGAAUCUAAACCAGGACGCGCUUGAACUCUUUUUACUGGUUUUGCGUUUCAUGGGUGACCCGAACUUAAACGGAGCUCAGGAGAACUUGGUUGGGAAUUACAUCGUUCAGCGGGGUCUCGACUCUCCACCAAUCAGAGAUGAGAUUCUGGCUCAGGUGGCCAAUCAGGUGUGGCGAAACAAUAGCCAACACAGCGCUGAGAGAGGCUGGUUACUCAUGGCUGCUUGUCUGAGCUGCUUUGCUCCCAGUGGGAAAAUGGCCAAAUAUCUGCUGAAGUUCGUAUCUGACUACGCACCGAACGGCUUUAGGGCGCUGUGCCAGCACAAGCUGCUCCAUGCCAUGCAGAAAUGUCAGCUGGGCACCGAGGCGGCACGUUCUUACCCGCUUUCUCUCCUGGAGUGGACCGCCAACCGCAGGAAAGCCCACAUGGUCCUCCAAGUGCACUGCCUCGACGGACUGUCCUUCCUGUGUCCGGUUCACUCCUGGACCACCGGGGAAGAUCUAGCACGUAACGUUCUUCAGCACAGGGGCGUGCCUUCAGAGAGCAGCUGUGGGUGGUCAGUGCUGAUGAAGGACGCUGGACGGUCGGUGGAGCUUGACGGCCACGACUACGUGAUGGAUCUGAUGAGUCAAAUAGAACUGCCGGCGCGCUUCCCUAAACGGAAAAGCUACAUCAUAUCGACACAGGAUCCGUCCAGAGUGCGACCCGGUGCCGUGAGAGGUGUAAACGGCGGUGGAUUUGACGGGGAAGAUGCGGCACCACUGCCGGGUACAAAUCGAGUCAGUGCGACCGGAACCAACAGCCUGCCAGUCUCUGAUGACCGCUACAGUCUGGGUUCCGAUUCAUCCCAUGCUGAAGCUCAGAGAGGAAUGGAUGGGUACGUGGACAGCCUGUUCGAUCCCGUACUGUCGGACAGAACUGGGGAUCUGGACCCCUCGGUUCUGUCUAGAAAAAUGAAAGGAGGAGGAGGUGUCGGAUCUGGCCAGGGUGAUGGAGUUCCACCAAGGGCUUCGGUUCCUCACGCAGCUCUGCCACCGCGAGCUGUGAAAGUGCUGCCCACCAUGCCGGUGGUUCCCAGUGUGUCCACUGGUCCCAGUCCAGAUCACCAAACUCUCAUGGACCAGCAGCAACAAGCCUUCAUCAACCAGCAAGCUGCCAUCAUGGCCCAGCAGAUGACCAUGCAGGCCAUGGCCAUGAUGUCCAGCCCCAUUUCCAGCCCUCCUACAAGCCCUCCUCCUUCGUUCCCUCUUCAGCCCUCCAGCCCGUACCCUGCUGUGCCACCAAGCCUUUAUGCCAACCUUCCACCCAGCCCCUACGCCCAGUUCACCCCAUCGUCCUACACCAUCGGCUCAAGGAUGACCUCGAGGCCUGGACCGUCCGGCUCCACCCACCAGCAUAAGCAGAGUACAGAAUCAGAAGCCACUCCUCCAGCCAAACUCAUACUUGCCAAAAAUGAUCCUGUAACCGUCUCAGGUCAGAAGCGAUCGGCUCGGGCUCCGGCUACGGAAGUGGUCAAAUAUUCCGUGUCUAAUUCGGAGCACAUCGUUCCCAGCCACAACAUUAAGGACAUCAUCAGACAGUAUCAGACACCGGCCGAGCCAGCUGUACCAGAAAGCAGGAGGAGAGACGGGAAUCAUUUCGCGAGAAAAAAGAAUCCGCACGAUGAAGCCAUGGAUAUUUUGAAAACCCACAUGGACAUCCCUCCUCCUCCACAGAGAAGACCUCCGGAUCCUGUCCUGGGGUCCAGACAGCAAGUUCCCAUAUUCCCAAGGAGCACUACAGAGGGAGCACCAGCGUUCCCGUUAAGAACACCAGGAGCAGUGUCCAGAGAUCUGCCUGUAGAAUCAGAAACCAUUCAGACGUCGCUCCAGCUCAGCAGCACAGACGAACACUACACCUACACCAACGUUCCAUGGAAGAUCUACAUCAGGAAGGAGGUGUUUUACCCCAGGGACAGCUGGAACCACCCGCUCGUACUGGAUAUCAUAUUCAAGCAGAUUGUUAAUGACACGUUUUCAGACGCCUGUGUGAGAAUCACUCAGGAGGAAAGACUGCAAAUGAAGUCCUUAUUCAGUAAGUGAACUACAAAUCCCACAGACGAGAGCGUGAAGAGGGUCGUAGUCAUGGCCGCCCGAGACUCAUGGGAGAUUUAUUUCUCCCGCCUUUUUCCAGCAUCGGGCAGUGUGGGAACCGGAGUCCAGACGUUGGCCGUUUCUCACUCCGGGAUCAAACUGUUAAAAACGGUGCAGAGCGGCACCAAAGCUCCGGAUUACUUCCAAGUGCUGAGAUCCUACAGGUACUCGGACAUCCUCUUCGUGACCGUCCCGUCUCCAAACAUGCUGGAGUUCAACCUGACGAGCGAGACGCUGAUCCUGUUCUCGGCCAAAACGCCUCAGAUCAAGUACAUGGUGGAUGAGUUCAUCUCACAGCUCAAGAAGGACUCUCAGUAUGCCGUAGCCGAGAGGAACUACAUCACGAACGAGCAAACCCUGCUCAGCUUCCACAAAGGAGAUCUAAUCUGCCUGCAGCCGAGGGACAGACUACAGGAAGGUCAGUUAUACGGGUGUGUGGUGAAGAAGAAGGUCGUCUACCUGGAGGAGGUGAAGAGAGACGCCUCAGACUUCGGCUGGAGGUUCGGAGCAGUGAUGGGACGCAGCGGUGCAUUUCCUGCAGGCUACGUCGUUCCUGUGGCAGCUCCAGACUUCCUGAACGUUCCAUCAGACGGAGAAGGAGCACCAAGAGACGGACAGGGUGAAGAAACGGUAUCAGGAAGCACGCCGUCCAUCCAUGCACCACACAGAUUUGGCUAAACACUAAAAAUACAUACAGUCUUUUAUACAGGGCAUGCAUAUAGUUUUGACCAGUGGACCAGUCCUGAAGCAAGCGGCAGCAUCUUUCUGGACACUCAAUACAACAUGGUAGAAUUUGCCAGGAAAUAUUUCAGACAGUCCAGAGUGAGCAAAAGUGAUUCUCCCAGCAAAGGUUCCCGGGAUCCUGCAGAAAUGAUUAAAUUCAGCCAGGCCCAGAUGGAGGAGUCGCUGAUUGAGUUGACAGACCCGAGCAUGAACCGGGUGGCUUCUGAAAUGUUCCUGGCCGUCAUGAAGUUUAUGGGUGACCAUCCACUCCGAGGCCAGUCUGAACACUUUGUGCUCUGCACCUUCUUAAAGCUGGUUGGGCAGCAAGAGCUCAUGAGGGAUGAGGCGUACUGUCAAGUUCUCAAGCAGAUCACUGCCAACACCAGCUCUAAACAUGAUAGCUGUCAGAAAGGUUGGCGUCUGCUCUACAUUCUCUCGGCGUUCGUCCGCUGCUCCGAGGUGCUCAGGCCCUUCCUGCUCAAAUUCUUCAGGGAUGCCUGCACGGGUGCGGGGGCGCAGUUUCAAGGCAUCGCCAAAGUUUGUGAGCAGAACCUGAAGAAGACCUGCCAGUUCGGCGGGAGGACGGUCUGUCCCAGCAGCAUGGAGCUCCAAGCCAUAAUGGCUGGUCGAAGCUCAAAGCGACAGCUGUUUCUGCUCCCAGGAGGACUAGAGCGCCAUCUAAAGAUCAAAACCUGCACUGUUGUUCUGGAUGUUAUAGAGGAGCUGUGUUUUGAGAUGACACUGCAAAGACUGGAGGCGCUGGACGAGUACACAAUCUUCAUCGUUUUAAACAGAGGUCGGAGCGUGAGGCCGCUGAACAAGCGAGAGUACGUGUUAGACGUGGCCGGCGAGGCCGAGAUGACCGACAGCAGCUACGGCUUCUGGUUCAGACGGGUGAUCUGGGCUCAGCCGCUCAAGUUCGACAACGAGCUCAGCGUCACGGUUCACUACAACCAGGUUCUCCCUGAUUACCUGAAGGGUUUGCUGAACGUUUUGCCUCCAGGCAAAGUCAGCGAGCAGCAGUUUAACCAGAUCGCUAAACUGGCAGCUCUUCAGCACAGAGCGAAAAACGGCGUCUCUGUGCCCACGAUGCACGAGCUGGUGGAGUACAUCCCCGCUCAGCUGUUCAGCAGACAGGGACCCCAGCAGUGGAAGCACCUGCUCGUCCAGCACACUCAUGCCGUCCAGAGUCUCAGUCCUCACCAGGCCAGAUCACAGUUCCUGGGGUUGGUGAGCGCAUUUCCCAUGUUUGGAUCAUCGUUCUUCUACAUUCUGAGCAGCAACAAUAGCGCCGUCUCCACCCCCUGCAUCCUGGCGGUCAAUCUAAAGGGCCUUCACUUUCUGCACAGAGACACUCACGAGGUCUUUCUGAGGUUUUCACUGAUGCUGGUUCAGUCCACGCACACACAGCGACCCAGAGCAGGAGCGAGUUACCCAUACGUGGACGUCUUACUGGGAAACAUGACCAACCAAAGAACCACACAGUUACAGCUGGAACAGGGUUUGGAGCUUUGUCGUGUCGUUGCCAUGCACGUCGAGAAUCUGCUGUCGCUGCAAGAGAAGAGACUCAAUCUGCCGCCGAGUGAAAUCACCCUCCUCUAAACACGAGAGAGGAACCAUCAUCUCACCUACAGUACGAUCCCAGUCUAUAACAGCCUCCACUCCUGCGUUUCUGGGGAUUUGUGCCUAUAGCAUUCAUUUAAUUUUAUACAACACAGUGCUGUUAUAGCAACUCUGCUUCUAUAACAGCCUCCACUCCUGCGUUUUUUGGAAUUUGUAUAUAACAUUCAUUUAAUUUUAUACAACACCUUGCUGUUAAAGCAACUCUGCUUCUAUAACAGCCUCCACUCCUGCGUUUCUGGGGAUUUGUGCAUAUAGCAAUAAUUGUAUACACCUGAACUGAAUAAAACAAAGAGGUGUCCACAUACUUUUGGCCAUGUGGUCAGGCAGGAUUUCUGUUUUGUUUUAUAUGUAUAUAAUUUUAUAUUUUUUUUAUAUUAAUAAAAUAUGAUUAUCUGAACUUUGUCACUGGAAUCAAAAUAAAGAAAUGUAAAUUA